AUAUUUAUUUUUAUUCUUUUCAGCUCCGAAUCGGAGAACACACACAAAAACCCAUUCCCCUGAUUCAUUUCUGAAAGCUCGAGGUUGAGCUAGCUACCUCGCACCCUCGCCCAAGUCACUUCCUCGUAAAUUUUCGCCUUUGUCCCUGUCUUUGUGUUGUGUUCUAACACCCACUUGCUUUUCUGCAUUUUUUUAUCCUUCUUUGGGGUGUGGAUUCCCAUGCUCCCUUCCUUCUUAACCACUCUCCUUAGUAUUCCAUUGCUCCCUCUCUAACGUGAUUUUUGAGCCAGAGCAUAGAUACUUAUAGAUUUUUGGUCUUCCUAAUAUCUUCAAAAUGCUUUCCGUGAGGUAAAGUUUCCAACUUGGUUGUCAUUCUUGGUUCCUGUUUAUUUAAUCAACUUCAUUUCUAGUUCUUCCGUUAAUGUUUGAUGGACAAUUUGAUUAUUGUUACUCAAAUUGUAAACUUGUGUCGAUUUUAUGACAUGGGUUGUUUUCGUCGUUCGUUUGUGAUCAAAAUGGCGAGGCUGCCUUUAAUUGGAUGCAUAUUUGGGAUUGUCCUUUGUGCAUUUCUGCAUUAUCUGGAGGGCUUCUUUGUCAACUAUUUUGAUUACUUUGUUUAGGGAUUUGUGGAGACGGCAUAGGAGGAAGAUUUACCUCACUGUUGGUGUUUUAGGAGGUGGGUAUUUUUUGUAUAAGCUUUAUGGUGCUCACAGGCAUGGGCUUCAGGAACUUGAAAGAGAGCUCGCAGUUCAGAGGGAAAGUGAGGAGCUUGUGAAGGCUCAGAUGCAAGCUCACUUUGAGAAUAUUCAGAGGAUUUCUGAUGUAACAUUGCCUCAUGCUAUGCACGACUUAAGUUGUCGAAUAGCAGAAGAGUUGGAUCUUUCUCACCUUCUUGAAAGGUUAAUACAGGGAAAGGGUCAGCCAAACACUUUAACACAAUCAGAGAAACUAGAUUUAUGGAGUAGACUCAAAAUUCUAAGUUUUACAAGAUUGACAUUGUCAGUAUGGGCAACAACAAUGCUUAGCUUAUAUACAAAAGUUCAAGUCAAUAUACUUGGAAGGCAUCUAUACAUUGACACUGCACGAAGCCUUGGAAUCUAUGAUUCAUUGGAAAGUGGAGAUGUGGUUGAUAGGGAAGACCAGAAGAAAUUUCUAGAUAGUGUUGAUUUUCUCUCUCAGCAUGGUAUGACUGCCUUGAUUUCUGAUAUGGAGGCAGCAACAAAAGAAGUUCUCAAAGGAAAGCUGUUGAGUACUCUCUUCAACAACACAACACUUCAUGAAACUAUCAUGCAGAUACUCAACACCUUCAUGAGCAUGAGGAGUCCACAUUCCUGGGUAAAGUAUAUGAUACCUGAAGAUGCCAAAUCAUAUUCCACAACCUCUGGCAGUGAUGACCUAGUUCCAUCUGACAUGACUGAAUUUCAACAACUUAUGAUGGAAACAUGGGCAGUAUUAUCAAGUGCUGAAUUUGGGAGCAUUGUAGAGAUAUCUCUGAAAGCCAUGGUGGAUGCACUGGUGGAGCUCAUGGGGGCUAAAUUUGGCGGAGGAAGUGCAACUGCGGGCCUGCCAUUGGCCAGACUUUUGCCUCAAGUUGCACAGAUGUGUCCUUUGCUCCUUGAAGAACCCAGCAAAAAUCAGUUCAUCCAAAUCAUUAAAAAUAUACACGAGGUUGAACUUUUUUUCACUCUCCUCUAUGCAAAUAUGCCACGUGCAUAGUGAUUAAUAUUUAUGUUUCAAAUGAAAGAAGAAACCAAAAAGAUUAAAUUUAUUGCAUGAAAGGCAUCGGGCAAUGUACAAAAAAUUAAACGAGGUUUCAAAAGAUAUAGGAGCUAAAUUGUUAGCUUUCAUCUUUUCAUUGUGACAUUUCCCAUUUGGUGUAAUUAGUGAUGCAUAAUACUCCUCCAUUGGCUCUAACCUGGCGUUUGGAGGAAUCGGGUUUUUUAGGACUAUAGUUUGCUUUAUUAUCAGUGCUGUACACACGGGAAAUGACUCUAUCAUCUCAUCCAUUUCUUUUGUUCAGUGCUUGUUAGAUUGGCCUUUCAAAUUUU